AUGGUUAUUGUCUUCUCUCGUUUGAAGGAUUAUGUUCCUUCAUUUACUGUUCAUCCUAAUUGGCAGGAAGUCGCAGAUAUGGCACUCAAUGCAGCAAAUUCGUUUGGUGCUAUCGAUAUUAAUGAUUUAAAAGCUGUGAAAUGUUUUCAAGGUUUCAUGAAAUAUGCUUCAUACGCAUUUCCUUCAGUAUCAAUCGAUAAAUUGAUCGAUCUUACUUAUUACUUCUCUUUUUAUUGGUUAAUGGAUAACUACAUGGAUGAUAAAGAUGAUGUUAGUACUGAAGCAAUUGCGAAGCUAUCGAAAGCAACGCUACACAUUCUCGAACGUCCAUUGAACGAAGAUGGAAAUGAUGCACAACAAGAAUGGUUCGGUAUUGUUCGUGCUCAAUAUAGUAUUCUUCAGAAAAUGAAAUCUACAACACCCUCAUUUUGGUUCAAACGUUUUAUGCGUAUUAUGAAAUUAUAUUUAAAUAGCUGUGCAACAAUGUACGCCAUUCGAAUUUUCGACAAACCAUUAGACUACGAUGAAUAUGUUGAACUUCGACUAUGGGAGAGUGGUGUAUAUUCUGUUCUAACAUUGUAUGAAUAUGCAUUCAACAUUUAUUUACCGGAUAAUAUUGUCAACAGUGAUAAAUUCAAACGAGCAAUACGAUUGGCAAAUAGUCAUGUAACGUUUACCAGCGAUAUUUAUUCUUACGAAAGAGAAUGUAUACGUAACAAACAAAAGACAAAUUUAAUUGCCGUUAUGAUGAGUCACAGGCAUCUGACGUUUGAACAAUCUGUGGACGAGAUAAUUAAUAUGUGUAAUGCAUGGUUUGAUGAACUUAUUAAGUUGAAAGAAGAGUUAAUUGUAGAAUAUGGAGAGAAUGUUGGAUUUAUUCUACACAAUUAUUUGGUAUGCAUUCAAACUCACAAAAUGUUCGUUAUGGAUUCUCAUCGAUAUCGAAGCGACACUUCACCUUUCGAUGAUUUGAAAACUAAAAACGCUUGAACUGUAGCACUCAUUGAUUUUUUUUCGUAAACGUAACAGCCAGAAUUCGUAUAUUGGAAUCAGUUUUCUUUCUUUUUCUAAUUUAUUUUGUUUAAAUCUUGAUUAGAUUGGAAAUUAAAAAAAAACUGGAUCAAAGAAUGAGAACCGUUCAGUGAUGAAGAGCCGAUCUUCUCUCGACAUUGAGUUUUUUUUAUUUUCCCAAUAAUCAACUCGAAUUCCAAGAGUCGAUUAUCGUUUUGAAUCAAGUCUUUGAACCCUAUUCUGGGUUCGUACGACUGUUUCAAAAGUCGGGAUUACGUUUUCCCUAUAGAGUCAUCAUAUGUUCUGUAUGUACAAAAGUUUUUUUCUCCGAUCUUCAAUUCUUUUAAAUUUGAAUAAUUAGGUUGCUUGGAAAGUACUUGCAACUCAUAUACUCUCAAACCUCAAGGAGUUGUGAAUGUGAGUGUGAACCUUCACUAAAGCAAGGCUCACACUCAUAGCUUUACCACUCACGCUCUACACUCUAGUCCGAAAGAAUUUUCAGAUGAAAAUUUGAUGGAAUCAAGCUGAGAAGCAAACUUUCAAAUCAUGAGUUCUGCCAAAUAUGAAGUGUUCGAGUGGUUGACAUUAGAGAUGCCCAUCGCGGCUGAAAAUCAGCCGCUGCCGCGCCGCGAUGAGUAAUAAACUUGCCGCUGCCGCGAUGGUUGCCAAAAACCUGUUUCGAAUUUCACUGCUGCAACUGUAUUGGACCAGAAAUAUUGGUACUAGUCCAUCAGAUUCAUUCAGUCUCAGGGUGUUUCAUUUGUAAACAAUAAAAUUCUAUCAAAUUCAUGCAGUUUUUCAAUGUCCUCGAAAAAAAUGCUGCCGCUGCCGCGAUGGACAUCUCUGGUUGACAUAUAUAAUCAAUCCAAGAUUUAGAUAGUGUUUAAUAUAUAACUUUCUACUAUUAUAUUACAUCGAUGCCGAGUUGGCGUGUGCGAUUAGAUUUUCUUACUACUUCUAUGCCGACCAAAUAUUAAAUCAACAGCUUGAAAUAUUGCAGCACUUCAAGUGGAGGAGGUUAGGAGUUUUGACCAGCACCGUGUACAUACCAGUGUGUCCACAGCCACAAUCACCCGAACCAAAUACACCUAGGCCCUACACAUAGAUCAUAUCUCCAACUUACAUCUGAAUUCUCAUACACAUCUACACCCACAUCCGCCUACAAACUAAUCGGACACUGAUAUGCUCCAUCUUUUUCGUAAGCAUAUUAGAAACAAUUGUUCAAAUUAAACCAGUCAACUUAUACAAAAAAUUAUUGAAGACAAUCAUCGGUAAUCAGCAAAAUGUAUAUGCUUUAAGGCCCCCCCCCCCCCCAAUUCAAAAAUGGAUCUCAGCCCAGGAACAUCCAAAUUGCAUGGAACUUUCAAGAUAUGUUGGGACUGGUGAACUAUGGCUAUGAUAAAAUUUUUAGUCCUAUAUCACGACGUUUGCCCGAGAUAUUCAUCAAACAAAGGUCAAAAAUAGCUCUAUCGUAGCGCCAGUAGAACUCUAGCAUAGUAAAAGAUAAAGUCAAAUAUUUUGUUUUUGUUUGAAAGAACAUGCCAGAAUGCAGCCCCUCUCGUGACCUUUUUUAAAAACUCUUACCUUUUAAACGAGGGUGUGGG